AUGGUCCUGAAGGUCCAGAACAGUGGAGAGAACGAUGGAGAGAACGAUGGAGAGAACGGAGGAGAGAACGAUGGAGAGAACGAUGGAGAGAACGAUGGAGAGAACGGAGGAGAGAACGAUGGAGAGAACGGAGGAGAGAACGGUGGAGAAAACGAUGGAGAGAACGGUGGAGAGAACGGAGGAGAGAACGGAGGAGAGAACGAUGGAGAGAACGGUGGAGAGAACGGAGGAGAGAACGAUGGAGAGAACGAUGGAGAGAACGGUGGAGAAAACGAUGGAGAGAACGGAGGAGAGAACGGAGGAGAGAACGAUGGAGAGAACGGUGGAGAGAACGGAGGAGAGAACGAUGGAGAGAACGAUGGAGAGAACGGUGGAGAGAACGGUGGAGAGAACGAUGGAGAGAACGGUGGAGAGAACGGAGGAGAGAACGGUGGAGAGAACGAUGGAGAGAACGGUGGAGAGAACGGAGGAGAGAACGGUGGAGAGAACGAUGGAGAGAACGGUGGAGAGAACGGAGGAGAGAACGGUGGAGAGAACGAUGGAGAGAACGGUGGAGAGAACGGAGGAGAGAACGGUGGAGAGAACGAUGGAGAGAACGGUGGAGAGAACGGAGGAGAGAACGGUGGAGAGAACGAUGGAGAGAACGGUGGAGAGAACGGAGGAGAGAACGGUGGAGAGAACGAUGGAGAGAACGGUGGAGAGAACGGAGGAGAGAACGGUGGAGAGAACGAUGGAGAGAACGGUGGAGAGAACGGAGGAGAGAACGGUGGAGAGAACGAUGGAGAGAACGGUGGAGAGAACGGAGGAGAGAACGGUGGAGAGAACGAUGGAGAGAACGGUGGAGAGAACGGAGGAGAGAACGGUGGAGAGAACGAUGGAGAGAACGGUGGAGAGAACGGUGGAGAGAACGGUGGAGAGAACGGUGGAGAGAACGGUGGAGAGAACGAUGGAGAGAACGGAGGAGAGAACGAUGGAGAGAACGGUGGAGAGAACGAUGGAGAGAACGGAGGAGAGAACGGAGGAGAGAACGGUGGAGAGAACGAUGGAGAGAACGAUGGAGAGAACGGAGGAGAGAACGAUGGAGAGAACGGAGGAGAGAACGAUGGAGAGAACGAUGGAGAGAACGAUGGAGAGAACGGAGGAGAGAACGGAGGACAGAAUGGUGGUUCCCUGAGAAGCUCUACGGAACCAAACCUUCAGGGAAGCAUGAAGGAGUUCAGGAGGACCAGAAGUCGGGAAACCAGAAGAAACAUGAAAAAACUUCAAGGUGAAUUCUGGAAAAGGACAGAACCUUCAUGA